GGUGUGUGGUGUAGGGUAUUGUGAUUAAGUGUUUUAAUUAUACGUAUUUAAAGACCAAGUUUUAAUAUUGAAGCAGUGAGUUUAUUUCUAUUUUCUUAACCAGAUUUGUAAUAUAAUAUUUAAUACGCGAAGUUGGUGAAUUAUGUCUGUUGUCACUUAGUAAAUAUUUUACAGUUCCAACAUGUUACAAAGUUACCCGAACUAUUUCUACCACAACAAUCAGCUGAGCUCUUGCGAAUAUUCGAACGCAAACUAUGCCGUCUCCAGUACAGCGGCUGGAGGUACUCCUUUCUCCGUCAAAGACAUACUGAAUCUAGCAGAAGAAAAUCAAAACUUCGGUUACGACAGCUCCCUAUCCUUUGAUGACGAACAGAACUACCCUCUUUACGAACAGCCUACAACGAGUUUACCGAAUUUGAACGAUUUCUUCUCACCUGGUAAUCAGUGUCAAUACGGUGAUAUGUAUUGUAGCGAGUAUGAGAACGCGCGGCCUGCUGACCAAUGGGAGGACACGGCUCGUGUCAGUUCUACCAAUCAGAGCGUUGAAUCAGGUAUGACGUCACAACAUGUACAGCAACUCAGCCAUCUCUCACCGCCAUUCCAGGAAGUCUCAUCGUCAGAUGAUAAAGUAGUGACCAAAAGUCAGAGUUCACAGAAGAAAAUCCAUUCGAAGUCCAGAGCCAAGAGGAAACCAAGAAUUCUUUUUACACAAGCGCAGGUGUACGAGCUGGAGCGGCGAUUCAAGCAGCAGCGCUACCUAUCGGCGCCUGAGCGAGAACUCAUGGCCAACUCCAUCAAAUUGUCACCCACUCAGGUGAAGAUCUGGUUCCAGAACCGUCGCUACAAGAACAAAAGGAUGCGCCCCCCUGAGCUACCACCACCCCCCAGCAAACCCCCUCACUACCCCCCGCCAUCACCUCUAUCUAAGCCUCCCAGCUACUCCCAGCAGUUCCCUCCACCACCCGCGUACCCGCUAGAAUACCUCCCCGUUAUUGAGCAACCGCCCUCCUACAUGAAAGAGUGGACGUGAGCCUUGCCUAACUAAUAUUAUAUUAAUUUAUCUUAUGUAAAUAAUUAGUGAAUUAAAUCAAUAAUUAAAACGAACAAGUGCAAGCAUAAAUUAUACAAGACAAAAGAUUCACAAGUUCCUUGUGUUUUAGGUUUAUCGGCACCAUGGCCUCAUACAGUUUACAUAUAGAAUAUUUCAAACACAAAUUUUGUAACUUAUGAUGCCUCAAAACUUUUGUAGCAAUUUUAAUGAAUUGUAUUUAUUUGACGUAUAAUUUGUCGAGAUAUUGGUCUGUAGGCAUGGUAUACAACUCACAUGUAGCUUGAACAUAUACAAAUAAGUAUUCAUAGCACUAUGAACUUCUCGUUAAUGGUUUCAUAGGCUGUAGAAUAUUUAGAAUUAUUUUAUUGAAUUGAGUUUUGUCUUAUAUCGGUAAGAAUAUUUUCGAUUUAUUAUUUGCUCGUGGCAAUGAACAAAUUUGUGUGUUUGGUGAUCUCUUCAGAGAUUCUUGAUUAUGGUUGCGUGCUCAGAUUAUAAAUUCUUUUUCAAACUGAAUUUCAGUUUCAAUAAAUAUAAUGCACUUCAAAAAUCUGUCAUUUAAAUAAAUUUUUAAAAUGUCUUAUUUUUACGACAUUAUAUUCGACAUCAAUAUAUAUAUAGUGCUCUAUAUUAUAUUAUGUUACUCAUGUAAUGGUAUUUCCGAUGUAUCAUAAUGUUUAUCAUUUAACCAGAUGCCUGGAUUAGGUCUAAGUAUGGUUUGUUGUUCAAAAAUAGUAAUAAUUAUAUCAAAGAAGACGAAAGAAGUAAAAAUGUCUACAUCUAUGAUUUCUUAUUUUUCUCUGUUAAUAUGAGUUUAACAUAUUGAAUAUGUUAUUAAAGUGUACAUGAAAAUGUUAUAAAAUAUAUUUUACUAACAACUGACCAUGCAAAAUGUCUAUAAUCUCAUUGUGACAAGGUAUUUCAGUAUUGUCAUUGAUUAUGAAAUACUGAUGAUUACAAAAUAUAGCCGAGCAAUAUUGUUAUCAUGUGCGCAUUUAUUUAGUACAUAUGGAGAUUUCAGAUUGGAUUAAUUCAUUUAGUGUACCUAAUGUACUUUAAAAACUGUUGUACCUUGUUAUACAGCUUAUCACUUACAUCUAAAUCUUACAGCAUAUACAUUUUGAUGCUAUGUACAAAUGUAAAAUAUUCAUUCAUUUUUAUUAUUUUGAUACUUUAACGGUAAAUGACGUGUAUUUAUGUUUAAGUCUUGGAAAUAAGCAGACGACCACCCCCAUACACUUUUUAUUUCACCGAACACUUUUUUAACGUUCUUGUACACAUUGA